AUGGCUUUAUUGACGACAGGCUUAACAUCGGGCCUAGUUAUUGAUAUUGGCAAUCUGGAAACAACUGUUUUACCUGUAAAGCUUCUUUUCCAGUAUGGACGAUAUAUCCCGCCUACCAAUUUGCAUUUAACAUUGGCGCCUCGUAACAAUAUACCCGACAAUAUCCUUUCUCAAGAGCUUUUGGAAGAGAUCAAGACCAGGAUUCUUUUUUGUUCGCCGCAUCCGAUUGAUAAUAUUUUGCAGCAUGACACUCUGAAAUCCCUUUUUGAUUCUUAUAGAGAAAACAGCAAUGCAACGGAUCUAUACUACCCAAUAAGUUUGAAAGACGGUACGAAAGCUACAUUAUUGAUCCCAGGCUGGAUUCGUGAAAGAACAACGGAGGUGCUAUUUGAGGGCGACGAUGAUGAGCCCAGUAUAGUACAGUGCAUACUACAAUCGUUAUUGAAAGUACAAGUCGAUCUUCGUAAACCACUGUUAUCUUCUAUGCUUCUUAUCGGUGGGAUAUCACAUAUACCAGGAUUACGCUUACGGUUGAAACGUGAGCUUCUGCGCGUUAUGCGUAACCCUACAAAUUAUGAAAAAAAACGAUAUGCAUCCUUAUUACAAUUGUCUGAAUCAGUUGGUUUCAUCGAUGACUCUAAUGAAAAAGGUGCUGGUCAGAUAUUCAUGGGAAAUAUUAGAGGUUGGAUAGGAGGAUCAUUGGUUGGCUCAAUAAAGAUUUCAGGUGAAGAAAUUACCAAAGAGAAAUUUACUGGAAAUGUUGCUGACUGGUCCAUAGGGAACUGGAAUGAAAUGUACAAAGAUAAUACACGCCAGGAAUAG